AUGGCUGCUUAUCAUGAUCACUCACUAAAUGGUCAUUUUGGCACUGGACGUACAUGGUCUACGUUAAGAAACACAUAUUAUUGGCCACAUAUGAAAGACGCAAUAACAUCUUAUAUUAAAUCAUGUGGUAAAUGUUCAAAAUUUAAUUGGGAUCGGCAUAAACCACCAGGAUUUUUACAAUCUAUUCAAUUACCUAAUGAUGUUUUUCAAAUAGUAGGCAUGGAUUGGUGGGGACUCACCACCCCUUCACUUUCUGGAAAUCGAUAUGUUUUAGUUAUAACUGAUUGUUUGUCCGGUUAUGUUUUUGCUAAAGCAUCACCUACAAAUACAGCUCAAGAUACGGCUCGCAUCUUAAUGGAAGAAAUUAUUUUAGUACAUGGUUCACCAGACGUAAUUAUUACUGAUCAAGGAACACACUUCCAGAACAAACUGAUGCAAGCUAUUUCACAUUUAGUUGGUUGUAAACACAUUUUUUCAACAUCAUAUCAUCCACAAACAAAUGGACAAACUGAAAGAUGGAACUCGACAUUCGUAAGACAAAUCGCAAAAUAUUUUAAUACUGAUCAAACCAAUUGGGACACACUUUUACCAUCUAUUGUUUAUGCUUAUAAUAAUGGUAUACACAGCUCUACUGGAUUUAGCCCUUAUCAACUAGCAUUCGGACGACGACCACGGCAUUCAUUCAAACCUCCUGCAUCUACCUCCGUUUUUACUAAACCACAUGAUUAUUGGACGCAGGUGCUACAAUAUAGAAAUGCAGCUUUAAAACAAGCAAAAGAAAAUAUUAUGCAUCAACAAGAAUUAUCAAAAAUUCGUUUUGACAAAAACCGAUCACAUCCGAAUUUUGUUCCAGGUGAUCUUGUCUGGAUGAAAAUUUUUGUUAGCCGACACAAACUUAAAGCUUGA